AUGUCAAGUCCCAAGGUCUCUAUGGCUAAGGAUUUGGGAUCUCUUUCCAGUACUAGUGACAAGCCUUCUACUGCAAAAAAGCAUAAGUUGAGUAAAAAAAGGAGGGAUGCUAUAAAGAAGAAAAUUGAUGAAAAAAAUCAUGCUGAAAAAUGCCAAAUUUCUAAGCUUUUUGAUAGUACCUCUCUACAGCAGGUUGGUCAGAGCUGUCAACAAUUUGUACUAGAUGAUGAUCAAGUGGGAAUGCAUAUAACUCCUCUCCAGGCCCAUUGUAUCCCCACUACUCCCCUCUAUUCAGCAGACUUCACUCCUGAGGCAACUAAUCAACUCAACUAUACUCUUAACACCAACAAUGAAAUUCCUCUUAAAGUUGAUGAGUAUGCUGUGUGUGUAUCUGAAGAUGAGGAUGAUAGUGAUAACCAGCCAAUGCAGGAAAAUAAUGAGGAUGAUGUGGGAGUCAUGGAAAGACUUAAAGCUUUCAAGAAUAUCCAUCAGGUUUCUCUUUUUGCUAUUUUGGAGCCUUUCUCUGAUAGAACUCAAAUUCAUCAUUUCAAAAAUCAGCUCAAUAUGGACCAUGCAGUUACCAAUCCAAAUGAUCCUGAGGAAAAGUUGGGAGGUGCCAUCUACAAUAUGAGAAAAAGUUUUGAGUUUAUUAGCAUUAUUGAAGCUUGUGGCUUGCAGGAUUUGGGGUUCUCUGGUCAGAAGUUUACCUGGUAUAAUCAGAGGGGUAUUCUUUCCAGAAUUUGGAAGAGAUUAGAUAGGGGUAUGGUCAAUGACAAAUGGCUGGAAGUGAUGCCUCAAACGCCUAUUACUCACCUCCCUACUGUGGGCUCAGACCACUGCCCCUUGUUGUUAGAAAUGACUGAGCACAAUUAUCACCACAUCAAAUAUUUCAAAUUUCUGAACUGCUGGACUGAUCACCCAGCUUUUAUGGAGACUGUUAGUAACUGCUGGAACAGUCCUACUGAAGGCAAUCCUAUGUGGUGUUUCCAUCAAAAAAUGAAGAGAUUAUUUACUACCCUUAGUAGGUGGUCUAAGCUGCAUUUUGGAGACAUAUAUACCAAGGUGAAAGAGUAUGAGGACAAGGCUAGACAAGCUGAAGAUGAGCUAAUUUCUGCUAAUUCUAAGGAAUGUAGAGCCAACCUGCAUGCCAUCAAUGCUGAGUAUAUUAGAUUUUUGAAGUUAGAGGAAUCCAUGUUGAAACAAAAAACUCAAUUACAUUGGUUCAAAGAAGGUGACAUGAAUUCCAAGUACUUCUAUGCAGUCAUCAGAGGAAGGAGGAGGAAACUUUACAUUCAUAGAAUUCAAGAUGAAGAAGGCACCUGGCUACAAGGAGAAGAAGAUAUAGCGAGGGCUGCUUGUGAUCAUUUUCAACACAUCUUCACAGGUGAGGAACAACAUAUUCAGGAAGAUGUCCUUCAGUGUGUUCCUAAACUAGUCAGUGAUGCUCAGAACAAGAACCUCCAAGCUCUUCCUACCUUAGAAGAAUUGAGAAUUGUUAUAUUCUCUAUGAAUCCUAACUCAGCAGUUGGCUCUGAUGGGAUGAAUGGAAAAUUUUUUCAGGAGUGCUGGGAGAUCAUUAAGGAAGACUUAUUCAGACUUUUAUGUCUUAGACUAGCCACCAUUCUUCCUAAUCUUAUUUCCCUUAACCAAUCUGGUUUUGUCAAGAAUAGGAGCAUUUUUGAGAAUAUCAUGCUUGCUCAAGAGAUCAUUCAUCAGAUAAAGAAGCCUAAUGUGGGUGGUAAUGUGGUCAUCAAGUUGGACAUGACCAAAGCAUAUGAUAGAGUUUCUUGGUCCUACAAUUGUUUGGUCUUGAGGAGAAUGGGCUUUGGGGAAGGGUUCAUAGAUAUGACAUGGUUUUUCUACUCCACAAGAGGCCUUAAACAAGGAGACCCUCUUUCACCUGCCUUGUUUAUCAUUGGGGCUGAAGUGCUGUCUAGACUUAUGAACAACCUUCACCAUCAUACCCAUUAUCAUGGCUUUUUGAUGGCAAAAGGGGGCCCCCAGAUUAAUCAUCUCAGCUUUGCAGAUGAUGUUAUCAUUUUCUCUUCUGGGAGGUCUCAAACCUUGCAGCUCAUUAUGGAUACUUUGCACACUUAUGAAAGUACCUCUGGGCAGUUGAUCAACAGAGAUAAGAGUCACUUCAUGGUCCCUUCUAAUGCUUUCAAUUCUACUGUAAGAAGGAUCAAGAGGGUCACUGGCUUCAAGAAAAUGACCAGCCCUAUCACUUACUUGGGGUGCCCUCUUUACAUUGGUAGGCAGAAGAUCAACUACUACUCUGAUCUGAUUACCAAAGUUGUGACUAAAAUAACAGGGUGUCAGGCUAAGCUCCUCAGCUAUGGAGGCAGAGUCACUUUGAUUAAGCAUGUUAUUCAAGCCCUUCCUAUUUAUCUUCUCUCUGCUAGUUCCCCUUCUGCAACCACUAUCAAACAAAUUCAGAGAAUCACUGCAAACUUCUUUUGGGGGUGGAAGAAUGAUAAGAGGAAGUACCAUUGGUCCUCUUGGAAGAACCUUAGCUACCCCUAUGAUGAAGGAGGUAUUGGUGUGAGACAAGUCUCUGAUGUGGCUAAGUCCUUCCAGUAUAAACAGUUGUGGGUAUUUAGGACCAAAAACACUCUGUGGGGGGAAUUUCUCAAAGCCAAGUACUGUCAAAGGUCCAAUCCCAUUACCAAAAAAUGGGAUACUGGACAAUCUUUGAUCUGGAAGCACCUGAUGAAGAAUAAACACAAUGUUGAGCCUCACAUACAAUGGCAAAUCCAGUCUGGCUUUUGCCUCUUUUGGUGGGAUAACUGGCUGGGUAUUGGUCCUUUAGCUCAAUUCAGCACUCACAACUGUAGGCUCAAUAAUACCCAAGUAUCAUCAUUCAUGAACAAUGGGCAUUGGAAUGCAAACUUGCUCAUUCAACAGGCCCCUCCCCAAUUUGUUCCUUCCAUCCUUGCUACUCACAUCAACCAGCAGCCCCUCAAACAAGACCAGCCAUGCUGGACUCUUAACAACUAUGGGGAGUUUAGUUGUUCCUCUACUUGGGAUAUCAUCAGAGACAAGAGGCAUAGAAACAGGAUUAACUCCAAUAUCUGGCACCAACACAUACCUUUCAAGUGCUCCUUUCUUGUUCGGAGGGCUCUUAGAAGAAAGCUUCCCACCAAUGACAAACUUAUCAGCUUUGGUCACCCUCUCUCAGUGCUACUGCUGCUACAAACCUGGCCAAGACACCAUAGACCAUAUCUUUGUUGCAGGAGCCUUUGCCAGGAGUAUUUGGAGUGGCCUCACAACAGGAGGGACCUGGUCCUCUUAGUUAAACAAUGCUACCAAGAUACCAAAGUUACUCCUGUAUGCUGGACCAAGACUCCUGAUCAUUUGGUGAAACUAAACACUGAUGGCAGUGCUCUCAGUAAUCCAGGCAACAUUGGUGGUGGAGGUAUCCUUAGAAAUGCAUCUAGUGAGCUCAUUUUUGCUUAUGCAAUUCCUUUAGGUGCUGGAACUUAUAACCAAGCAGAGAUUAAAGUUGCAAUCUUUGGUCUCUCUUGGUGCCUUCAUCUUGGUUACUCUUAG